CAGUAUUGAAACUUUCUUCCACAUAGUUGCUCCUUUUUAUUUUGGUCAAUUAUAUUCAUUUUCUUUUCGUGGUAUUUUGUAAAAAAAUGACUGCCGUUCUUCCUGUUACUUUAUUACCGAUUGGUGUCCGGGGUAUGAAAGUUCUUAAUCGUCAGAAAUUCUUGCGUAAGGUGGUGGUUCCGAUACUAAAAGUGUGCGACGAAAAGGUGUCUGAAGUGACUCCCAUAUGUAAGAAUUACUUUCUGAAACUUGAGAAUUUCAAACCUAUACAACCUCUGAAACAAGAUUCCGAAAAUUCAUAUAAGAUUAUACAUUUAAACCCGGAGAGAAUUAGUCAUUGGACUGACAUAGACAAUUCAGAUCGUGAAGUACUGCAGAAAUGUGGCAUCACAGAAAAAGAUUUGGAUUCAAAAGAAAUAGAAAUUAUGUAUGAAAAUUUUAAGUAUGAUUCGAUUUUCAAAGCAGUUCUACCAGAAAAUGAAGAAACUGUAAGUGGAUUUUCUCAAAUAGGUCACAUCAUACAUCUUAAUUUGCGUGAACAUCUUUUAGAUUAUAAGAAACUCAUCGGAGAAGUAUUGAUAGACAAAAUCAAAACAUGCAGUACUGUUGUUAAUAAAAAUAACAUCAUUGAUAACACAUACAGAAAUUUUAGUAUGGAAAUUAUUGCUGGUGAAGAAAACUAUAUAGUUACAGUAAAAGAAAAUAAUUGUAACUUUAGAUUUGAUUUCUCAAAGGUAUACUGGAAUCCACGAUUAUGUAAAGAACAUGAGAGAAUAUUAGAAUACUUAAAACCAGGUGAUAUUUUAUUUGAUGUCUUUUGCGGAGUCGGUCCCUUUUCCAUACCUGCCGCUAAAAGAAAGUGUAAAGUAUUUGCUAAUGAUUUAAACCCAGAUUCAUUUACAUGGUUAAAUUUUAAUGCUAAGCAAAAUAAAGUUAAUAUGAAAAAUUUUAAAUCAUAUAAUUUGGAUGGAAAAGAUUUCAUAUGUACAAUUUUUAAAGAUUUUCUAGUUAAUUUGUGUAAAGGGACAGAAGAAAUUCAGAAUGAAUCUAAAAUACAUAUAACAAUGAAUUUACCAGCAAUGGCUGUUGAGUUUCUAAAACAUUUCAAUGGAUUAUUGGAAGACAAAGUAUUUAUGGAGAAAUUCAAUUAUGAAAUUAUUGUUUAUGUGUAUUGUUUUGUGAUUGGUGAUGACCCAUAUAAAGAUGCAGAAAAACUGGUUAAAGAAAGUAUUGAAUGUGAUAUAAAUAUUUUGAAUACUUUUAAUGUAAGGAAUGUUUCACCAAAAAAAGAAAUGAUGCGAGUCACAUUCAAACUGACCAAAAAUAUAAUUUUUGGUUUAAAACAUGAAUCAGAAUGUGAGCCUCCUCCAAAAAAAAUAUGUGUAGAAAAAGAAAUAAAAGAGUAGGCCACUUUAAAGUGAUAUAUAAAAAAUAUACAGGGUGGAUUCUGAGACACUUGAACUCUUACUUUUACACCCAUAGUGUUUUAUGAAUUUGUCAAGUGUAUGUAAUAUUAUAAGUUAAAAACUAUUAUGAUUAAUAUUGUUAUAAUAAAUUA